AGCAUCUGAAAGGACCGCUGAGUGAGAAUCGAUGGCGCAGAGGCCCGCUUGACAGGACAAUAAACCACAAAGAAGGGCCUCCCCAUCCACCGUGCACAACAGCACCAGCAGCAGCAGCAGCGAUGUCCCCGCAGCAGAGGGGGGAGGACCCGGGCCUGGCAGCAGCCCUUCCCCGCCUCCUGACUCCACAGCCCGGCCACCUCCUCCCAUGAGGCCGCCACCAGCUCUCCGCUCUGCCGCUCUGUAUGGAGCCUCUCACUUAUGAAUUGACAUGGAGGAUGAAGAUGGGACUUGUCUACUUGAUGUUUUGUGUGACCCCCAAGCCCUGAACGACUUCCUUCAUGGGACCAAUGAGCUGCAGACUGAAGACCUGCUCAUUAACUCCUCCUCUGGGGGGGGUUCGCUCUUCACAGACGCCCCGAGCCCCGGCUCUCUGCUGGGAGAUGGCAGUGACUCCCCGGACUCGCCCCCCCCCGGCUGUGUGGACCUGUCCUUCCUGGAGGAGGCGCUCCUGUCCUCUCCGGAGGGGGAGGAGGACCCCGGAGAGGAGCUGGGGGGGGGGACAGCAGUGCAGGCUGGGUAUGAGGGGAAGAAGGGGGGGCCGCAGUGUGACAUCCUGCAGCAGAGCCUCCAGGAGGCCGACAUCACGGAGCAGACCCUGGCUCUGGACCCCGGGGGGGAGAACCUGUCGCUGUACUCCCCCCCCUUCAUACCCAGGGACACCCAGGCGGCAGUGGACCCCCCCCAGCCCUCCCUGUUGGCUGUGGGGCCCGGCUGUCCCUCCCUGAAGCCGGCAGCCCCCCCCCAGCUGAUGGGUCUCCUGCCUGGGAACGUUUUCCCCGAGACCUUCUCCCUGAGCCAGGCCUCCAUGAUCCUCCACAGGGCAGUCCCCCGGCCCCUCCUCCCACCCCGGCCCCUCCUCACACCCCCCCUGAGAACGGCGCCGGGGCUCCUCCUGCAGCGGGCUGCCCCACCACUCCCCAUCCAGCCCAAGCUGCCUGUCAGCAUCCAGCCCCGCCUGGUCCAGAUCAGCCCCAAGCCCCCCGGGCAGAAACCGGCUCCGGGUCUCACCUUCGUCCCUGGGGCCGCCUCACCCAACAUCUUACUUUCGCCCCCCCCUCAGAAGCCUGUGGCCCCCCCGCCACCCCCGCAGGUCAAACAGCUGAGCCUGCAGCUGGUGAACCCGGGCCCCUUCCUGCUGCAGCCCCAGCUCUUCCAGGGCCACAGCCAGUACCUGCUCCAGGGCCGGGCCCCCAUCACCAUCUCCCAGCCUGCAGCCGCAGCUCGGCCCCUGCUGACCCCCCCCGGCCCAGCGCUGCACCCCCCCUCCACCGGAGGCCCACAGAUCCUCACGGUGCCCCCCCGGCAGCUGAACUUCAGCUUCUCCUCUCCUGCAGGGCCGCUGGCGCUGCGGCAGGUUCUGUCCGGACCCUUACAGCUGCAGCCAGGGGCCCCCACUGUCUUCCAGAUGCCGGGGGCCUACGCUGCGGGGGGGCCGCGCACCACCCUGGUCCACGGCCCAGCUCUUGGGAACCACAUCACCCUGAUCAACAGUUCAGGGGUCCUCCCCCCCGACCUUACCUCCAUCUCCAUCGUUAAUGGGCCCUCGGUGGUGCAGGGCCUGCCCUUUGCUGCCCGGGCCCCACAGACUGAGGGGCCCCUGAGCCUGCAGCAGGCCCCCGUGAUGCUGCUGCCGGAGAGGGGGGUGCAGGAGGAGAGGGGCCCCGAGGAGACCUUGCAGCAGAUCCAGCAGGUCCUGCAGUCGGUCUCGGUGCAGCCACCCCCUGCGGCGCUGCAGUCCCCCCCACCUCCUGCAGUCACUGUCCUGCAGCCCCCCCCUGAAGCCCCGAUGCCCCCCCACCCGGCUGUGGAGAAACUCCUGAUGCCCCCCAUCGAUGAGACCACCUUAGAGGAUGAGGUGACCCCCCCCAGGAGUCAGAACGAGGUCUUCAUGCAGCAUCAGGAGGCUCCUCCCUCUCCUCUCUCCCCUCUCUCCCCUCUCUCCUCGGAGCUGCUGGCUGCAGAUCAGGCGAUGGAGACCCUCUCCUCCCCGGACAGAGAGACCCCUCCCCAGAGCCAGGACCCCAAGGUGUCGGCCCAGAGCCUGGAAGCUUCUCCGAUCCACCCCGACCCCGAGGACAUGCCCAUCAUCCUCCCCCCCCUCCCCCCUUCAGGACGCAGAGAGAACCAGCUGCAGGUCCAGUACUCUGUCUCCCAGCCUCCCUCCCCCACCCAGCCUGAUCCCCCGGCAGGAGGAGACCCCCACGCUGUCCAACAGUACACACAACACAAGCCAACAGCUGCCUUGCUCGUGGAGCCUGAAGAGUUUCCUCUCCAGCCGUCCUCUCCUGCAGCUGGGGGCCUCCAGGGUCAGGGGCCGCCGGAGCCCAGAGAUCAGACCCCCACCCUGAGGAGCCUGCAGACCUGCAGCAAGCCUGCAGAUCCUCCGCAGAGAGAGAAGCUCACACCAGCAACACGCCGGCACCGGUUCCAGCAGCGCUUGUGUUCGGACCAGGCCUCGGUGCAGGCCUCGUUUACCGGGCCGGCCUUCCCCUCGCUCCAGGACGCCGUGACGCGCCUGCUGCCGUACCACUGCUGCGCCGGAGCCCCACCGACUCAGCACAGCUUCCACACAGUGGAUCAGGAGUUCGACUCGGUGUCUGGCUUCCUGCUGAAACGCACCAAGGACAUGGUGAACAAAUACAGGCAGCUGCUGGUCAGAGAAGCUCAGCAGGAGAGCCCGUCUGCAGAGAUGGUGAUGUUGGAGCGUCUCUUCCUGCAGGCCGAGCGCUGUGCGUUAGUGGAGGACAGACGGAAGGUCCGCAGAGACCCUGAGUCCUUCAUGUCGGCCUUGGCUCCCUCCUCGUCUUCCCCGCACGGCGCCCGCUCCUCCCCCUCAUCCCCGCCCCCGGCCUGGACCCGGCUCUCGGACCGGCCCCCGGGCCUGAGGACGUACCGCUCCAGCUCCCGCGGGGCCCUCCGGCUCACCAUCAAGCACGAGUCCGGCUCCAGGAAGGUGGUGCACAACUCGGCCUGCGAGCCGGGCCUCAAGCGGGACCACACGGGGCAGCUGACUAACGGGGGCUACCACCCUCCUCCGGCCCCCGACGCAGACCCCCAGGAGACCCCCAACGGAGCCCACCCUGCAGAGGAAGUCCCCGCCACAGAUUCCAAAAUGAAAGCCCUCCCCAUGCCACAGGUGGAAGCCCCUCCCCCCCACAGAGAGGUCAGCGCCCCGAAGCUGAGAUGCUGCAGGCCGGACGCCCCCCCUCGCCCGCUGCAGGAGGACCCCAUGCUGAGCGAGCACCUGCAGAGCGCUAUCGACAGCAUCCUGGAGCUGCAGCGCCUGCAGGGGCCGUCAGCAGCCCCCCCGGCGGGCCCCUCCCUGGACCAGGCGGUCAGCAGCGUCCUGCAGGGACAGCUGUGA